AUGGUCUCCACUCGACAUCAUCCUAAGGAAUUCCCCUCCCCUACGCGCGCCGCGAAGGAACUCGUCAAGUCCUCGCCUGCGCCGACCACCAACGGCAAUUCGCGCAAAUGGGUACACACGCCCUCGGUCGCGCUCACCCUCUGGCUUGUCUUCUCCGUACCGCUAGUCAUUUGGGAUGCUGGCUAUGUGUUGUUGCGACCGCAUAGUAUGCCCGGUGGGCGCUUGCAUUCUCCCCUCUGGACACCCUACGCGCUUUAUGGGAGGAUUGACUACAUCUAUGGCUGGCCCGCGUUCAAUGCGCGCAAUGGAUUCACCGCUGCUCAAACUGCCCUGAAUGUCGUCGAAACUCUCGGAUACCUCUAUUAUCUGUGGAUUGUAUACCGACAUGGCGCUACUGUUGCUAGUGGUCGCGGAGCGCAAAAACAGCAAAAGGGAUUCUUAUGGCUGUUGACGGGUGACAAGGUUGUCGCUGGUCGAACCGGCGCAAUUGCGCUGAUGGUUGCCUACACUGCAUCCGUGAUGACCCUCAGCAAGACCAUUCUAUACUUGGUCUGUGGAUUGUAUUCCCAACAUACAGCAUCUACUCCCUCGGAGCAGAGAUCCUGGCUUCGUUGGAACAAGCUACCCCCCGUGGUCGCGUGGGACGCCCCAAGGCCUCAUAGUAGAAAGCCGAAUCUCGAGAAGCGGCUAGUCAAGGUGGUCGACGGUAUCAAUGACCUGUAA